UCUCUCUUCCCCUACAAUUUGCAUCUCUUUCACUGUAAAAAUGAAGACCUCAAGGAUAUCCAGCUUCAUUCUACUGGUUUCUCUUCUAAGUUGGGUUUCUGUGACAAUCAGCAAGCCUUUUCCUUAUCAACCAGACCAAUCCCAUCAUCCCAAAGGACUGAAAGGAGCAACCUUUGGCUCAAAACAGGGAGUUGAUCAGAGAAGCUUUGAAGGAGUGAAGGAGAACUAUGCGGAAGAGGAGUACUAUAGAGGGCUCAUGACAAGGCUUGGGUCAAUUCCACCAAACUGUGCUCACAGAUGUGAAAGGUGUGUCCCUUGUGUUCCAGUUCAGACGCCCACAACCGCUGACCACGUUGGAGUUCAAUAUGCCAAUUAUGAGCCUGAAGGAUGGAGAUGCAAGUGUGGCUCCACUUUCUUUAACCCAUAAAUGUCUAUGCAUGUCUCAGAAGUGAGAUUCAACUGCUAUUUUUGGAACUUGUUAUUUAAACAUCACGACCUUU